CGAAGACUGGUGUCCGGGUAACGUAGAUUUUACAAGGCCCGCACACCUAUAAUAAUUCAUACGAUUGAUAAUUGUUGUUGCAUUUUCUACAGUUUCCAUCAAAAAAUACGCAAGGUAAAAGACAAUCCCUAUUAUUUAAUUAUUGAUUCGCUACGCUCCGAAUUGCUUCAAGCAAUUAUUAUUUAUAAUUUAUAUUUAUUAUUAUAUUUAUUAUAUUUAUUAUAUUUAUUAUUUAUAAUUACUUUUGUCUUGUAACAUAAACGCAUAAAAUAAGUAUCUCAAUUAAAACUAAAUAUUUUCAUUUUCAAGCCACUAUAUUUGAUAAACCAAUAAACGAUUAAACUUAUUUUCGGUAUUAUUAAGGACAUUCUAUUGAUAUUUGAUAUCCAUUAUAUUAUAAUUAGGAUGCAGAUGUUUCAAGGUGUUCGUUCAUUAUACCUCAAUUAUUCAAUGUUUGGAUUCCCAGCGAGUGGGACACAGUUGAUCGUUUUUACAGUGUUUUCAUUUUUGGCGAUAUUGUUAUGUUACGACAAAUGGAACCGUCGGCGCUAUGAAACAUUAACUAACGAAUUGAAUGGUCCUCCGGAAUAUCCGAUUAUAGGGUCAUGCUUGGAAGGUAUUGGUGGUAAGGGAAACAAAUCAUUUUAUGUUUAGAUUGUAUGUAGGUAUACUUAAUUAAUUUAUUAAUAUGUAUUUUAUAAUAACUAGAUCACUACGAAAAAAUAAUGUUCUAUGGAGAUCUAUUCAAUUACGGCCUAUUUAAAUGUUGGUUUGGUAGUUAUUUAAGUGUUUUCAUUACUAAGCCAGAAGAUCUUCAAGUAAAUAAGUUGUUAAAUAAUUACAAUAUAUAAUUACAUAAUAAUAACAUUUCUAUAGAACAGGCCUGGGUUAUAGGCCAUCCCCUGAAUCCCCUUGAAUACCCCAGAACUAUAUGUCAAUAAAUUUAGUUCCAACCUUCUAUAUGAAUCAAAAGUUCGAAUUUCAUUAUUAAUUUAAAUUUUAAAAUAUAUGAAAAUAAUGAUAUUAUAUGAGUUACACUUUAUGGAUAAAUAAUUUCGGAUUGAAUAUUUUCUUAAUAUAUCAAUACACGCGAAUAUAUUUAGUAUACGCACUUAAUUAAUUUUAAAAACUCAUUUGUUUCAGAUUAUUUUAAAUAGUUCAAAGGCCUUAAACAAAGGCUAUGUGUAUAAGAUGGCUACUAAACUAUUGGGCGAAGGUUUAGUUACAACCCCAGGUUCGUGAAUAUUAAUUAUAAAUUUACCAUAAACAAUCAUAAAUUUAAUUUAUCGUAUUACUUACAUAGUGAUGUACAGACAUAAAUUUAAAUACGUACUCUUUAUAAUCUGGGUAAACUGACCUACUAAUAUUUGUUUUUUAUAAUUAUUAUAUAUUCAAAAGUAGACUAUCCUAAUAAAUUAUUAGUUAGUAGAAUAGUUAGUAGUCAAAAGAUCCAUCACCGAAAUCUUCGCAUUACUUAAAUGUCUUUAUUAAUAUUAUUAUAGUAGAUAAAUGGAAAAUACAUCGACGUUUGAUGAAUCCUUUAUUUAAAUAUGAUAUUAUAAAGGAAAAGUUUUUCCCAAUUUUUCAAGAGAAAUCAAAAGUACUAGUUCAGAAAAUACAAAAGGGAGUAGAUAAUACACAACCGAUUGAUAUCUUGGAUUGUAUAUCAAGUGUAACUCUCAGCACAGUUUGUCGUAAGUAUUCAAACAACUUAUUAUGAUAAAUGAUAAAUGUAAAAGUGGUAUUCUUUGUACCAAACUAUUAUACUUUCAGUGAAUAUAAUAUUUUUAUUUUCGUUUAUAGAAACAACGAUGGAUUACAAUCUUGACACUCAGACAGAUAUGGGUUUCAAAAUGGGUGCAAUAAAGUAAAACAUUUAAAUAAUGAAUUACUUAAACACAAAUAAUUCAGUUAGGUUAUGGACUAAUAUAAUAAUUUUUCUACAGAGGCGUAGAAUUGGUUAUUAAUAGAGUAUCGAAAGUUUGGUUAUAUCCUGAUAUAAUAUAUAAUCUUUAUAUCAAAUUGUUUGGCUAUGGAAAUAUAUAUAAAAUUGUGCGAAAACUACCGAGGCAUGUAUGUGUAUGUGAGUUAUAACAUUGGAUUUACGUUUUAAUAUGAAUUUGAAUUGUUCAGAUAAUCGAGAAAAAGAAAAAUGAUUAUGUAAAUAAAUUUUCAAAGAUCAACACGACAGAUACAGAUGUUAACGAUGGCCAAAGUAAGUGAUUGUAAUAAUAAACUACGACCAGAGAGUUUUUAAUUAACCAAAGUGUAGGUUGGUAUCAUGUUAUUCGAUUGUUCAAAUAACUGUGUAUUUCGCAGUGUAUUUGAUAUAUUCAUCAGAAAUGAUGGAUAUGAAUUUAAUAAUUACAUAAGUUACUACUACUACUAGUUGGUUUUACCUCUUGUAUUGUUUAGGCGAAUGUUUUAAAGGAUUGGUAGAAACUUUAUUGGACUCAAACAAAGCUGAGGAGAGGGUUACCGAUGAGGAUAUUAUGGGUCAUGUUAUGACUAUGGUAGGCGCAGUAAGUUCAAAAUACUUAAAAUACUAUUCAAUCGCAGGUGGCGAAUAAUAAUUAUAUUUAUAGGGUUUCGAAACCACUUCAUUGACUGCUAGUUUUUGCUUUUUGAUGUUAGCUAUCUAUCCAGAUAUUCAAGUAAGUCACCACUUAAAAAAGUUCGAUAUUAAAAGAAGUCUUAAACAUGAUAUUUUUAGGAUAAAGUUUACGACGAAAUUUAUAGCGUAUUGGGUGACAGUGAUGAACCUAUUACUAUGGAACAAACGAAUAAGCUAGUUUAUUUGAAACAAGUUAUAUACGAAACCCUCCGUUUAUUCCCGACUGCACCAAUUAUAUCGAGACAACUUCAUGAUGAUGUCACUAUUUGUACGGACAUAAUAUAUACUAAAAUGUAUUGAAUAAAUUUAUAAAACAAAUAUUUUUUUUUGUUUCAGGUAAUCACACACUGCCUAAAGGAACAAUGUGCAUUAUUUCUCCUUUGAUUACGCAUCAUAAUCCUGAGUUAUACUCGAAUCCCAAUUUAUUUAAUCCGGAUAAUUUUAACGCCGAGAACGUUGCCAAACGUCAUAAAUAUAGUUUCAUUGCUUUUAGUGGUGGUCCAAGAGGCUGUAUUGGUAUAAGAACAUAUUAAACAUAUAAUUUUCAAAUUUUUUUAACAUUUGUAUUCAAUUACAGGAAUGAAAUAUGGUUUGGUUUUUUUGACGGUUAUAAUCACUGAAGUUUUACGGAGAUUCAGUGUGCACACGGAUAUGAAAUUCAGUGAUAUUAAGUUAAAAUUAGGUAUAACAUUACAUAACACCGUUGGUUUUCCUAUAACCAUUAAAUCGAGAAAGAAUCGUCAUAAUGUGUGUGAUAAUGCUGAAAUGCUUAACUAUUAAAAAUAGUAAAAAUAAAAUAAAACCUAUUUGUUUGACUAUAGACAUAUGGUUUUUUUUUUUUUUUUAUGCCGGUUGUAUAAGAUAGAAAAUUGAAAAUUAAUUAUAUUUAAUCUUUAAAAUUUAUUCUUGUUAAAUUUCAAAAGUUCUUUGAAAUUAGACCAAAGUGUUUUUAUAACCGUUGUUAUUGUAUUUACAUAAUUACC